UGAACAAAUGGUGGAAUUCAACCACUUACGAAGGGGAAACACGAGAAAUGAAUAAGUUCACUUUUGUGUUCAUCAUUAUCGUACUUGCUCUGUCGGGAAGUGGCGAAGGAAACAGAAAUGUCCAAGAUCGCAGUUCAACUUAUAAUCUACUAAAGUUAAAUAAAAGAAGUGGUAGAAUUCUUAAUGAAAUUUUAGGUCCUAUAAUUGGUAAUCCUACUACUACUAAAAAACCUACUGUUAAACCGACCACUACACCUGUUGCGACGACUAAAGAACCUACCACUAUGCCUGCUGUUACACCUACCGAAGAGCCUACCACAACACCUACUGUUACACCUACCGAAGAGCCUACCACCACACCUACUGUUUCACCUACCGAUGAGCCUACCACAAUACCUACUGUUACACCUACCGAAGAACCUACCACCACACCUACUGUUACACCUACCGAAGAGCCUACCACCACACCUACUGUUACAUCUACCGAAGAACCUACCACCACACCUGCUGUAUCUGCCAAUGAAACUAUCACUAUAUCCGCUGCUAUACCGACUGAUAAACCUACCACUAUUCCUACUAUUAUACUCACCACUAAGCCUGCUAUGUUACCUACCAGAAAACCAACCACUAUUUCUACUGUUAUACCUACCACUAAGCCUGCUAUGUUACCUACUAGAAAACCAACCACUAUUUCUACUGUUAUACCUACCACUAAGCCUGCUAUGAUACCAACCAGAAAACCUGGUCAUAUACCAUUCCCUUUACCUGGUCCUAUUGCUGAUGUCAAACCUUUUAACGUAGUUCGUCCUGUUCCUAUACCUGGACCCAAACGCCGACCUGCAGCUGCAGCUGGCUUUAAACGCCGUCCCAUACCUGGUACCAAAUUUCGUCCUGCUUCUCGUCCUAUUCGUGGAACUCUUCCUCGUCCUGUCCCUGGGGUUAAGUCUUGUAUCAUACCAGUCCCUAUACGUUUUCCUGGUUCGUUUCCUCGACAAGGAAGAGAAUAAACAAAGAGAAUGUAAGAAAAUUAUUACAAAAAUGUGUCGAUAAUUCAAAAAACGAGAAUAAAUAAA